AUGGUCUCCCUAGAUCACACCAGGAUCUUCCAGCGGAAUUGGUCAACUUGGGUGGCCCAUGGCGUGAAGCUGGAUCCAGGAGCCUCCUGGAGAAACACCAGGGCAGCAGCCGGCCUUUGCUGCCCGUUCAGACUCGGUUCACUCAUUCAAGAUGUAGAAUUUAUUAAUUAUUCAUUUUUUUCACAGGGAAAGAAAGAUGUGACUCAGAUAUUUAACAACAUCCUGAGAAGACAGAUAGGCACUCGGAGCCCUACAGUGGAAUACAUCAGUGCCCAUCCUCAUAUCCUGUUUAUGCUUCUACAAGGAUAUGAAGCCCCACAGAUUGCUUUACGUUGCGGGAUGAUGCUGAGAGAAUGUAUUCGACAUGAACCACUUGCCAAAAUCAUCCUCUUCUCUAAUCAGUUCAGAGAUUUCUUUAAGUAUGUGGAGUUGUCAACAUUUGAUAUUGCCUCAGAUGCCUUUGCUACAUUUAAGGAUUUAUUAACCAGACAUAAAGCGUUGGUAGCAGACUUCUUAGAACAAAAUUAUGACACGAUUUUUGAAGACUAUGAGAAAUUGCUUCACUCUGAGAAUUAUGUGACCAAGAGACAAUCUUUAAAGCUGCUGGGCGAGCUGAUCCUGGAUCGACACAACUUUGCCGUCAUGACCAAGUACAUCAGCAAGCCCGAGAACUUGAAGCUGAUGAUGAACCUGCUCCGAGAUAAAAGCCCCAACAUUCAGUUUGAGGCUUUUCAUGUCUUUAAGGUGUUUGUAGCCAGCCCUCACAAAACGCAGCCGAUUGUGGAGAUCCUACUGAAAAACCAGCCCAAGCUCAUCGAGUUCCUGAGCACCUUCCAGAAGGAAAGGACGGACGACGAGCAGUUCUCCGAUGAGAAGAACUACUUGAUCAAGCAGAUUCGGGACUUGAAGAAACCGGCCCCCUAA